AUGUUGAGGCGAACAGCGGGCGAAGUUCUCAAGAAGAGCCCGAACGACGUGGUGGUGUUGUCUGCCGUGCGGAGCCCCGUCGCCAGGGCGUUCAAGGGCGGGUUCAAGGACUCGUACCCGGAGGAGAUCCUGAUGCCAGUCAUGCAAGCCGCCGUGCAGCGAGCCAACAUCGAACCAGGCCAAGUCAACGACACCCUGAUUGGCAACGUGCUGGCCGAGCUGGGCUUCGCCAAAACAGGGCGUACGGCCCUGAACGCAGCAGGCUUCCCAAAUUCCACUACCUUCCACACCAUCAACCGACAGUGCUCCAGCAGCCUGCAAGCCAUCACGCACAUCUCGCACUCGAUCCUGGCCGGGCAGGUCGAUGUCGGACUCGCGGGCGGAGUCGAGAGCAUGACACGCAACUAUGCAACGCGAGGAAUCCCCGCCGAUGUCUCCACGACGUUGACCGAGUCACCCGUCAAGGAUGCCCGCGAUUGUCUGCUUCCCAUGCUGAAAACCUCGGAGAAUGUCGCGCAGCGCUAUGGGAUCGGUCGGCGCGAGCAGGAUGAGUUUGCCGCCGAGAGCCAGCGGCGUGCGAGUAGUGCGCAGCGGUCGGGUCGCUUCGAGGCGGAGAUUGUGCCGAUUCUUGCGAAGUUGAUUAAUGAGGGUAUUGACGAGCAGACGUUCCAGAUGGUUGAGCGUGAUGAAGGUGUUCGCCAUGGUGUGACGACGGAGAAGCUGUCUACGCUGAAGCCUGUGUUGGAAGAUGGUGCUAGCACGGCGGGGAACUCGUCCCAGAUCUCCGACGGUGCUUCCAGUACCAUUCUCGCUCGUCGGUCCUGGGCCGAUGCCCAUGGUUUGAAACCCAUCGCUCGGUUUGCCGGCACCCAGGUGGCCGGAUGUGCACCGGACGAGAUGGGAAUUGGCCCGGUCUAUGCCAUCCGGAGCUUGUAUAAGUAUCUGGAAAUUGAAAACAAGGACGUGGACCUCUUUGAGAUGAACGAGGCUUUCGCCAGCCAGUCGUUGUAUUGUGUCCGCGAACUAGGCCUAGAUAUGACCAAGGUUAAUCCUAACGGAGGAGCUAUUGCUCUUGGACACCCCAUCGCUGCCACUGGCGCCAGACAGACUGCGACACUUCUAGCGGAGUUGCAGAAAUCAGAUAAGGAAUUGGGGGUUGUGAGCAUGUGCGCGAGCACCGGGAUGGGCGUGGCGUCUCUGUUCAUUCGGGAGUGA